GCAGGGCGGGAGGCGUCGCGUUGGCCACGGCCGUAAACAGCGCGGCAUGAGCCGGGGGGGGGGCACCGGCACCGAGAGCGGCACCGGGAGCCUCCUGCGGCGCCUCCGCGACAGUGAAACCAGAAGGCUGGAAUUGGAAAGAAAACUGAUGGAAUACAAAAAAUCUGAUGCAUACCUAAUGAAACUAAAGUACACGAAGCUGAAAAAAUACUUGGAAGAAAUAAACGAACGACAAAAAAGAGCUCUUCUGCGAAACCAGGCCAUUUUAAAGGAAUUGAAGCAGUUUGAAGCUCAUAUGAAAACUUCAAGUUCAGAGCUAAUUCAGAAGAUGGAAUGGUAUGGGAGAGAAAUUAAAAGUGUGUUAUCACUUCGAGAGGGCAACUUGUCAGCACGAGGUGACGAGAAAGAAUACAACAAGCAGAAUCCAUGGGUUGUGAGACAGGCAGGAAUUCAUUCCGGGACAGCCAUGUCAAGAGGCUUAUAUCACCCAGCGACAAUCUUUAUGGGCCACCACGCAUCAGCUGCCUGGAGCAUGCAGCAGAAAGCCCCCCAGGCUGCUGAGAGCCACUUGGUGCCCGAGCCGUGCUCCCACAGACAGGCAGUGUUGAGCAGUGAUGAGACAGACAGAUGCCUCCUACGAGUGGGCAGUGACAUGCCAUGUACGAAUAAACGUGACAAACAAGAUGGGAAGGCAGAUGUCCUGGUGCAGGAGAAAAUGCCCAUCACAUCCAGAGUGGCAUUGGCAGAGAGCAGCAUGCACAGCAGCCUUUCUAAUUUAACAGAACACAGAAAUCUUGCUGAAUGUCACUUGCUGUCACCCAACAGAGUGAGUGUGGAGAGCAGGACUGCUUACUUAAACAGUGACACCUCAGUGGAGGGGGAGGAGGUGACCUGUGAGCACCUGGUAGCAAGUGCAGAAGACUACAAGCAGCCUGUCCCUGUGGCAUUUGUUCCUGAGCCCAGCAUCUCUGAGGAAGACCAGGAAAGCAUCCCAGGACUCCAGGAUGGCCUGAAUAACGGGCAACCAUCGCAGGCAGUGAGCGGGGACAGCAGCAGUGAGCCCCUGGUGUGUGCAGGUGAGGGGAUGCUGAUGCCAGCAGGGAGCAGGACAUGGGCCGGAGGCACCCACCCUGCAGAGGUAUCCUCUCCACAGCCAUCCAGCCCCUGCACAGCAGAAGAGCCCCUGGGCAGCCUGGCACCAGAUGGCUUUUGUAGUCAGGCCAACAGCCUGAAAGAAGACCUUGAAGCUGGAGAAGCAGCUGUCUGUCAUCAGCCGAAGGCAUUGCUGCAGAGCCUGUGGGGUGGCCACCCCCUCCCUGGGAACAUACUGUGUGCUGCCCGUGGGGCUGCGGAGCAGAGCAGGCCGGACCUGCCACAGGAUGUGGAUGUACUGCAGGCUCCCCUGAGCAGCCCCAUGUCAUUCAUGGCAGGGCACUGCCCUCUGCUCACGGAAGAGGUGGUGGCGAUGUUUGAAAACCUGCUGGUUUCAGGGAAGGAAGUGCCAGAUGACCAGGCUCCACUGCUGUUGAGAGAGGUCCUUCCAGAAGAAGAGUGUGGAGAUAGGUCAUCUAUUCAGAGUAAUGAAUCAUCUUACAGCUCGCCAUCGAUCCCAAAUGAUGGUAGGAAAAUAAAGCAGGCAAAACAUGCUCCCCGGCUUGAUGGCACAGGAAAGCAAGAAGUCACAAGCUGGUGUGAAGAUGAGAGCCAGGAAGAAAGCGUGAUAAAAAAAGAUUCCUAUUACAGGAAAGGGGAAUAUUUGUUGGUAUUGACCUAUUUCUGGAUACUGGCUCCUGCACUGUUCGGCUCAGCUCUUAAUUUGGAGAUCUUUCAUCUAUAUGCUCAUCCCUCUAUCAGAAGAGCACAUCCUCCCAUCGGAUUUGCAGGUUGCGGUAUUGGUAAUGAUAGUUUCAAAACAAAAGAAAGCCAAGGAAUAUGUUCAGAAAGCAGUUCAUCCAGUGAAAGAAGUGGUGACCUCUCAAGGACUGAAGUCAGGAAAGGAUUUGUAACUGCUAUAAAAUCCAAAGCUUUCUGGGGUGUAUCUGAUGACAGCAGCUCUGAGAGUGAGGCUGCUUUGCAUCCACAAAUUCACAGCACAGCAGAUGAAUUUGACUUCUAUGAUUGAGAUUCCACCUCUUGCUUUUAGGAAAGAAAUCAACAUAGCAGCACUCCGAACUUGUGCAAGAUGUUGAAAGUGCACCUCAUCACUUUGUAUUUGAAGAAAAUUUUAAAUGCAAAAUAAAUAUUAUACACAGCCUCCUUGUAUGUAUGUUUUCUCUUAAUUGAUAAGUUGAAGGA